CUUCGUCAGAGAAAGCAAAGAGAGAAGAAACAACAAGUCUUCUAGAAGGACUUAUCUACGAUGUAUAUCAAUGACUAUGGAAGGACACAACUUGGACAUUAGCUCAGUGUCCAUCUGUUGACAGGACUGUUUCAGUCUUUUUGGAUCUCAUCAGCACCGAGCUGGAUUGUGUUGUGUGAGUGCUAUGUGGAGACUUGUAAGAAGAUAAGGAACUGAUUGGAAGAUAUUGACUGAUUGGUAAACUAUAGAAAAGUUCAUGUGUACUUGAAGACAAAGUCGAAACGAGAUGCAGAACGUUUAUGGAAUAUCAGGGAAGGGAGCAUGUGGAAUCACCGAUGAUGAAAAUGACGCAGAUGACUAUGAAAAUGUGAUUGACAACAGGAAGGUACCAACUGUACCGGAACGACUGAAGAAGGGUAACAAAACCACAUGCAAAAGAGAAGACCUGCAACUAAAAAAUUUGGAUAAACCUGCAAACUCCAUUGACACACCUCAUGGGCCAAGAACAAUUCCACUAUUUCGGCCACCGCAUAUAGGUCUUGAUUUUGCAUCAUCAGCGGUAAAUGCAGCAUUCAGAGACCAGACCGUGGAGCAAACCUCGGAAAAGAAACUCACAUGGAAUUGGAAGAAGAUAAUUCUAAUUUGCUACCUGAUUGUCAUGUUUCUCUUCUUGAUUCUUCUGACCAGUGUCAUCUUUAUCUAUUAUUCCAACAUCUCCAUUCAACUGGCUGAGCUGAAGAAGAAUGCAUCCCAUGUCCACGACUCAGUCAAGAAAGAAAUAGAAACUGUAAAGGACAACUUAAUGAAAGUCAACCAGACAUUGGUAUCCCAGGACUCAACCAAGAAAGCAAUAGAAACGGUCAAGAAUGACUUGAUGAACGUCAACCAGACCUUGCUGAGUCAACUAGCUGUCCUAAAGUCAGAUGUACAAUCCAUUAAAAAAUUCUUGGGUCUCUGUACGUCCUGUCCGGUUGGAUGGACCCUGCUCGGUUCAAGUUGCUAUUUUUUCUCUUCAUCUCAUCAGACGUGGCCGAAUUCACAGAAAGAGUGCAGCAAAAUGGAUUCCUCCCUCCUCAUCCUGAAUAGCAAGAUGGAACUGGAUGUGAUUCGUCCAUUCAUUGGAAGUAAGAGAUUCUGGAUCGGCCUCCGUAGGGAAAAUGGAUAUACUUGGCGUUGGGUGGACGGAAUGAUCCCAGUGUACACUAACUGGUAUGCAGGUGAACCGAAUAACUCCGCUCAGCGGGAGCACUGCACCGAGAUGAUUUCCGGCGGAUGGAAUGACUUGGACUGCAGCAAGACGAUAGAUUACAUCUGCAGGAAAGUAACUACCUGCCGAGCCUGAGACUCCGACCGAGGCCCCGGGAACCAUCUAAGCCUCUAGUAUAUGGAAGAAGACGUGGGCCCCUUAGAAUAAACCAGGGCCCCACUGUGCUGCCCAGUUUUACCAUAGCGGCUGCAUGCUCCGUCUCUAUGGUACUUAUGUGUGUUAUCCUAAACAGAUAGUACUCCACACAUCCAGUUUUUGUCACGGAUCCCUUUUCCCGAUCCGCAGAUCUGAGAGCAGAUCCUCUUCUUUUCCAUGUUAGCUGAUCACAAUAACCCUUUCUACGGAUGGGGCUAAAAAAAUGGAAGAAGCUCUCCGUAUUAUGUGAAUCCAUAUUUGCAAACAGAAAAUUCACAUGCCCGUGUGCAUGAGGCUUUAGGGCUCAUGUACACGACCGUAAGUAUUUUGCGGUCUGCAAAACACGGAUCUGCAAAAAAACAAAAC